CCUCAAGCCAUUCUCCAUCUUCUUCUUCCUACUUCUCUCUUAGCAUUACAUUUAUCAUGGCUUCUUUUGCAACAAAGCUCAGUCUUGCCCUGAGCUUCGUGGCUCUGGCCCUAGCUGGCUACUCUAUUUACCAGAACACUCACUCAGCCAUUAAUGGCACUGAGCUUCAGCUUAUCCCGACAUGGCUGGAUGAAACAUUAGAGUCAGCCAACAUUCUAAGGGCUCUAGGUUUGGGUAAAUCAUCGUCCGGCAUGCUUUCCGACGAAGCUUGCGUCUUCUCCGCCGUUAAAGAGAUUGUGGAAGCUGCCAUUACUAAUGAAACACGAAUGGGAGCUUCUCUCAUUCGUCUCUUCUUCCAUGACUGCUUUGUGUCCGGUUGCGAUGGAGGGAUCCUUCUAAAUGACACUAAUGGCGAGCAAAGUGCACCGGCCAAUGCUAACUCAGUUAGGGGUUUUGAAGUGAUUGAGCGGGCUAAACAAAACGCUAAAUCUAAAUGUUCCGACACACCUGUAUCUUGUGCAGAUGUCUUAGCUAUUGCUGCUCGUGACUCAGUUGUUAAACUGGGAGGUCAAACCUACACUGUGAACUUGGGGAGAAGAGAUGCAAGAUCUUUCAACCUCACCGGAGCAAAUACCCAACUUCCGGCUCCGUUCGACGACCUGGCAAUACAAACCCGGAAGUUCGCCGACAAGGGUUUUAACCAAACGGAGAUGGUGGCGUUGGCCGGAGCGCACACGGUGGGGUUCUCUAGGUGCGCGGUUUUGUGCAGCAGCAAUAACCUUAACCAAGCCAGAAACUCGACGCUGCAAUGCACCUGCCCCGUGGCAGCGGGAGACACGGGUCUGGUCGGGCUGGACCCCACACCAAACACCAUGGACACGCGUUAUUUCCGGGACAUAGUCGACGGUCAAGGCCUCCUUUUCUCGGACCAAGUGCUGUUGAACGGCACAACCACAACCGCCGCCGUGAGGAGAUACAGGGACGGCACCGGCGCUUUCCUCUCCGACUUCGCCGCCGCCAUGGUGAAGAUGGGCAACCUGGCUCCGUCGGCCGGCGUCCAGCUCGAAAUCCGCGACGUUUGCAGCAUCGUGAAUCCCACUUCCGUGGCAGCCAUGUGAUCGAGAACGUAACAAAAAUAUAAAUUCCUCUUAGUUCUCAGUUGAGUCAGUCCCCUUGUCGUCGUGUAAGAUUCCCAGUCUGUAUGUUCAAAAUAAUCAUCUUAUUGUGGCAUUUCUUCUUGUGAGUUGUGAUCUGUGGACCUAAUUCCAAAAAUUGGGAAUAAUAUAAUAUUUUGUUUUUGCAUCCA